CAGCAUAUUGGAAACAGAAACCACCGGGAGGUAACAUGGCUGCUAUCGUGACGUCAGCACAUACGCAUGAACCUCAUGAUCUGAGUUUUAACGAGAACGACAAGAAAGGUUUCAUAUCCUACUUCCGGUCUCUCCCUGACGACAAGAACGUGCUCCGCAUCUUUAAAGUCAAAGAGUUCUUUUCUGUACACGGAGAAGAUGCCAACUUCGUUGCGCGUAACUUCUACAAUACCACCACUGUUGUGCGCUACAUCGGUCACGGGGAGUCUGCGUUGCCCGGGGUCACUUUCAAUCGCAGUAUGUUUGAGACGGUCAUUCGCACUGUCCUCCUUGAUGUGAACGAUCGCAGCGUUGAACUUUAUGAAGAUUCUCCAAGGCAAGGUUGGAAACUAGUGCGGACCGCGAGCCCAGGCAGACUGUGCGCUUUCGAAGAGGAGCUCUAUUGUGCCAGUGAACUGGUUGACACACCUGUUGUCACUGCUGUUCGCAUUGCUAUCCGACAUGAUCAACGUCUGGUUGGUGUUGCUUACGCAAACCUGACAACUCGUGAACUUGGGGCCUGUGAAUUUGUGGAUGAUGAGCAUUUCUGCACCCUUGAGGCAGUCAUAUGUCAGCUGGGUACGAAAGAGUGUUUGAUGCCUCGCGAGAGCAUGGCAACUCCAGAAGGAAAGGUGCUCAGGCAUAUAGUUGAGCGGUGCGGUGCGCUAGCAACUGGGCGCAGAACUUCUGAUUUUGAUUCACGAAACUUGGAAAGCGAUCUAGAGCGUCUUCUCGUCGCUGAAAGAACACCAAUGAGUGCAGGUACAGCAGCAGCAACUGCAGAGGUUGAACUUCACCGCUCCCUCCUCGAAAAGGAAGGUGCGGCGGCGACUCUAGCGGCUGUUUUGCGAUUUUCUGAGCUAGCAACGGACCCAAUAAAUCAUGGGAGGUGCACACUAGUCACGCAUGAUACCGGUCGUUACAUGCGACUAGAUUCUUCUGCACUCCGCGCUCUUAAUGUUCUACCAGAGAAAGCCUCUAUUUCAUCUGCUGCGCCGUCUGCAGCAGCUGAGACUGCAGGAAGCUUUAGUAUAUACGGCCUUCUCAAUAGGUGCUGUUCAGCCAUGGGACGACGCUUGCUUCUAAGAUGGCUGAAACAACCUUUAGUAGACGCCGAGGAGAUUUCAGGUCGGCAUGAUGUUGUGGAGGCUUUAGUUGAUGAUCCCGAGGCAAGGGACACGCUUCGUAGAGUUCACCUGCGUUCCCUUCCAGAUAUGGAGCGCUUAACGCGUAAGCUUGAGCGUCGCCGUGCUACUCUGUUGGACUUGUGUCGACUGUACCAGGCAUCUACUGCGAUUCCUCACAUCGCAGAAGUGUGUGUUCGCAUGAAAGACCGAUAUGGAUUGAUGAUGAGCAGCAGAUACUCAAGUGCACUGCUCAAGUUGCAUGACGAGGAACACCUCGGCAGAUUCGAGGCCUUACUUGAAGCAGCAGUUGAUCUCGACAGGAUUCCUGAUGAGUAUGUAGUAUCUCCCUCCUACGAUGAGGAGCUGGGCAAGCUGAAGAAAUUGAAAGAUGCUGCCUCGCAGGAAAUUCACAAAGUUUUUGAAAGCUCUGCUGAAGAUCUUUGCACUCCUGUGGACAAGGUGCUCAAGCUUGAGCACAAUAAUAUGCAUGGCUGGUAUUUGCGGUUGACGAAAAAAGAUGAGGUGACUGUACGCAAGAAACUUCUAGCAAACUAUCAGGUCCUUGAGGCGAAGAAGGAUGGUACAAAAUUCACCAAUAAGCAACUGCGUGCACUAAGUUGUAAGCGGACUGAUCUGGACAGAAUGUAUGCGUCUCAGCAAAGGCAGCUAGUUGAACGAAUCGUAGAUGUAGCAUCUUCGUUCGCGGAUGUGUUCUUACAUGUGAGUGCAAUAUGUGCUGAGGUUGAUGUCCUCACAAGCUUCGCUGAGGUGGCGAUAUCGGCGCCAGAACCGUUUGUUCGUCCAACUAUGACGGCAAAAAAAAACAUUUUUGAGGCUGACACUAGGGAGAUAUAUCUUGGGGGCAGUCGGCACCCUUGCAUUGAAGCGCAAGAGGGAUCUCAGUUUAUUGCGAAUACGUGCAAACUUGAGCAAGGAAACAGCUGGUUCCAGAUCAUAACGGGUCCGAAUAUGGGAGGCAAGUCGACAUUCAUUCGCCAGGUCGGUGUCUGUAUAAUAAUGGCACAGGUUGGUUCCUUUGUACCUUGUAAUAUGGCUAAGAUCGCCAUUCGUGAUGCUAUUUUCGCCCGCGUGGGUGCAGGAGACUGCCAGCUACGCGGGAUCUCCACUUUCAUGGCAGAAAUGUUAGAGACUUCGGCGAUCUUGAAGUCGGCAACAUCGUCCUCUCUCAUCAUUAUCGAUGAGCUCGGUCGCGGAACAUCUACAUACGAUGGUUUCGGCCUGGCCUGGGCUAUUUCACAGCAUAUUUCGAACAACAUAAAGGCACCUUGUCUGUUUGCAACACAUUUUCAUGAGCUGACCGCUAUUCAGAGCCCCGAAGGCGUUUCCAAUCUUCAUGUCGAUGCCAAGAUAAGUAUGGAGAGCCGCAAGCUUACGAUGCUUUACCGUUUGUUGCCAGGUGCCUGUGAUCAGUCGUUUGGCAUUCAGUGUGCUGAGUUCGCGCGGUUCCCUGCAGACGUGCUGAGAAUCGCUCAGGAGAAAGCUACGGAACUCGACAAUUUCUCGGUGAACACAAGUGAAGUAAAAUAUACUUCACUGGAUCAGCACUAUGGACCGCGUGGAGGAGAUGAGAGUGCGAAGCGGAAGCGAAUAGAUGAUCAAGAGGAAAAAACCCCUGAAGAAAAAGUGCGGUCACAAAAUUCCAUUCGAGUCAGACAGUUUUUGGCUGAUUUUAUGGCACUGCCUCUUCAUGAGUAUCCGCCAGCAGAGGUACUGUGCCGUUUGCAGCAGAUGAUAACAGAAUCAACUUGCCGCCAGUUGCUUACGGACAUGAUUGACGAGCCAUAGUUUGACACACAUUUCAGUGAACACAGAUUUUUAUUGAAAUUAAAGGUGGUUUUGAAAACGAAAUUAACAGAUAGACAGUUCUCUCUUCAGCACUUCUGCUUACAUGGGUUGAUGCUCAUAUUCGACAGAAAACUGAACAUCCUUGACGUGAUUGAAAAAAUGCCCAGGUAGCCGUCAAAACCAUUAUAUGUAAUGCCAGCUUUAAAGCACUCGUCCUUAAUAAUAGACUGCAUAGCGGGGUACAGGUUAUGAGCAGUUCCGGGGAACAAGUGAUGCUCUAUUUGAUAGUUAAGCCCACCAGAGAAGAAUGACCAGAAGCUGUUUCCCCAAGUGGCCGAAGUCUCGAUCUGCCAUCGCCCCCAGUCUUCACGCGAACCUUUUGAUAACUGAUUCGGUUGUAACCCAUCCAGAUUAUGGCUGACUAUGAAAAACCAGCAAAGAACGAACGAGCCAACUAGGCCGUAUGCCAAAAACGGUACUAACACUCUUGAGACUCCAUGGCAAUACGCUGGAAGUGCGAAAAUGAAUGCAAAAUGAAAUAUCUUGCCCAAGACAUACAAUAAUACUUCAGUGUUCGUCACUCCGAGGUACUGAACUCCAGGCGAGGCUUUCCUUAGAAGCACAUUUAUGAAAUCGCCAAUCUGCGUGAAAGCAUAUAGGAGAGGCCAAACAAGUGGGGUGUAAUAGGGUUGGAAUCGAUGGAACCAGAACCAUUCCUGAGACUCAUCAAGACGAAUAACAGGAAACGAAGUGUACACAUCCUGGUCUCGCUGUGAAUCGUUACAGUAGGAGUGAUGCG